AUGAAAUUUAGACGUGUUUUUCCUUAUUUGAAGGAGAGGGAUUUGAGUUAUCAUUAUUGUCCCAAGAAGGAGGAUUGGGACAAAGUUGAGAAAAUUUGUUCAAUUUUGAAGGUGUUUAGUGGUGCAUCGAAUCUCAUAUCGAGGAGUGAUUAUCCGACAUCAAACUUGUUUCUAAAACAAGUUUGUACAAUCAAAAUUAUGUUGGAUAGUAAGAGUCAGGAUGAAGAUGAGUUUAUACAGUCCAUGAUUUGGAAAAUGAAAGAAAAGUUUGACAAAUAUUGGGGAGAAUGUAAUCUAUUGAUGGGUGUGGCUGCUAUUUUGGACCCCAGACUGAAGAUGAGGGUAUAUAUGGAGUAUGUUGAUGCCAGUAAAACAUUGACUAUUGCCCACGCUUCUACAUCUACAAGGGAUGGAGUUAAGGUUGUUGGUGAGGGGUCAAGGGCAACGGCAGAGAGGGCAGACGAUUGGGAUGAUUUUAGUCAGUUUCUGGAUGUCGUUGAGACGAUUGAGCCAACGAAAUUAGAGUUAGACUGUUACCUGGGAGAAGGAUGCCAUAAAUAUGUCGGGGACCCUACGACGUUUGAUGCUUUGACGUGGUGGAAGGCUAAUUCAACAAAGUUCCUUAUCUUGUCUACCAUGGCUCGUGACAUAUUAGUCAUCCCUAUCACUACGGUUGCUUCUAAGUCUGCUUUUAGUGCCAACAGUAGGGUUAUUGACACGUACUGA